AGACAAGUUUGUUAAACAGCUCAUUGCAACUCAUUUUCGAGUCACCCGUAUGAGCCUCUGAGCAUAUUCCAGAUCAUGACUGAUAAUCAAUUGGUGUCGCAUCAAAUCCGGUGACUCAAUACAGGAUUCGAAUGCGACAUCAACGACGCUCGAAAAAUUAACAGAUUCUAUCAAAUUCGAAUACACGCAUACUAACAAAAAGUUCCAACCAAAAAGCCGAAAUAAGGUCAACUUUGGGUUACCCUCAACACAUCCAGUCGUCAUGAGGGGCUACGAUCUCUACUUCAGACCUACAAAGAAGCCAUGUCACAUCGGCAAACUCCCACCAGAGCUAAUGAUGUGCAUAGCUGAUAAUCUCCCCCUCCACAAUGUGUUGUGUCUGGCACUCACCAGCAAAGACAUAUUCUACAGCACUUGGAUAUGCCAUUACUCAGAACAAAAUUCACCGAUGAAGGAUCAGUAUCUCCAAGAGGUACGACCCGACAUAGAGACACCGGAGCGACUCCCAUUUCUAGAGAUCUUGCUGAAGGAGAAAGCGGCGACAUCCAUCUGUGAUUACUGUCAAACUCGGGUUUCACGCCCGAUUCUGGAUCACAUCCGUGGCCGGGGUCUUGCUGACGACCAACGAUGUCCAUGCCAGCCUAGAAGGACCCCUGAAGCACUGUCUCUUUACUACAAAGAAUGGUCCAUCUACCUAGAUUUCGAGCACUUCCGACAGGUCAUGUACCGGCGCCGGCUCGGUACAGCUUACGGUACAUCACCUGAGUCCUUAACUUUUGACUCGGACUGGAAUAAUCCCGGACUCGGUGAUUGGCUUACGAAAUUAAAUCUGAAACCCAUCUUUGCCGACUCCAGUCUCGUCCUUCACGCCACUCACCGUAUAAUCAUCCCGGUCGAGUAUCUGUACUCCCUCCACCGGAGUGACUCCGACACCCGCUUAGUCGUCCUCAACAAACUCAUGGAAUCAUCAAUAGGAAGAUGCCACUGCAACAACCCAACUCAAAUCUCGACACUACUAAAAUGCACCAACUACAUCUUCGCCGACCUUUGCUCCGAUUACAACUUUAAAGACCUCCUUUCAGGAUCCAGGAUUUCCAAACCUCACAACUGUCCGAACUGCUUGACGCAAUACGUGUUUGCACUGCAUCGUCACUCCAAAGCUGCGAUUUUUGAAAUCGUCUUUGAUACAUGGACGAAUCUGGGAGAAUGCAAGUGGACAUUCAGUCCUGAAUGGUUGAGUACACGGAGUGAGGGUGCGGGGAUCUAAACGAGAGCGAGGAUUGAGAUUGCGAGACAAAAGGCAAAGACAGAGGGAGUGCACCCGAGUGCGAUGAUGGGAUUGGAGCCAAGUUUGUCUGGGUGUAAGCAUCCCUCUAUGCGAUGCUUCAAGUGCAAGUUGACCUUUGCGACGGGUUGUGGUUUGGGACGGUAUUUGUGUUGUCGGUUCUGGUUUGGAUUGCCGGUGUCAAUGACUCUUGGACAA